AUGGCAACUGAUUUGCCUGAAGACAUACUAAUAGAUAUUUUUUCAAGGUUACCUCCUGAAUCUAUAUUACAGUUUAAAAGUGUUCAAAAAUCAUGGUAUAUUCUUAUAACUGCACUAGUGAAGGACCCUGUAUUUGUGGCCAAGAAUUUCCACAACAAUAAGAGGAAAGGAUCGUUUUUAAUCUACAAGUGUUUUGAAGAUACCAAUAUAGGGUCCCUCGCCAUCUGCAAUAAUGGAGCAGACAAUGAACAACGACUUAGUUAUGGCAUACAAGAUUUCAAACCGCUGUUUCCAAAUCGCUACAGAAAGUUUCUGAAUUACAGUCGGGUUGGCGUAUCUCAUUGUGACGGCAUCAUUUGCCUGGCCGAUUAUUACGACGGUCGUAUUUUAUUAUGCAAUCCAGCAACCAGGGAAUUCAAGCUUCUUCCUACCGAUCCGUGCUUUUAUGAGGCGAAAGAAUACCGACUCGCCAAUGUCGGAUUUGGUUACGAUUCCAUCGAUGAUGUCUACAAGGUUGUCUGUGUCUGCGCAUGGCCGUCCGGCGAAUUUAAAGCUCACGUGUAUACUUUGGGCAAUGAUUAUACUUAUUGGAGAGAUAUACCGUUGAAGACACAAAUUAUUAUUGGCGACUAUCAUUCUGUAAGAUCUAUCACCACCAAAGAGGUGCAUUGCAACGGAGUCUGUUAUUGGUUGGUGCAAGAUAAUAAUGCUUUCCAACAACAAAUGUACUCAUUUGAUAUGCACGACGAGGAGUUUCGCACCAUACCUUUGCCCGACCACAUUGAAAACAUGGGAUAUUGUAAUGCUUACAAACUAAGCCUCACUCGGUGGAAUGAAUCUGCUGUCUUGUUCUUUUAUCCACCACCCCAUUGGGUCAGGAAAGUGUCUAUUGAAAUGUGGGUACUGCGAUCAUGGCGUUGGACAAAACACCAGACGACAGUGCCGUUAAGAGGAAUGGAAAAGAUUGAAGCGGCGUUCUAUAAGAGUGAUGAGAUCCUUAUUAAAGAAAAAAGAGGCCUGUUAUCCUACAACGUACUCACGAGGAAGGUGAGAAGAAUUUACAAAGGCGAUGUGGACAGAUUUCGUGCUUGCUGUUAUUACGUUCCGAGCCUUGUUUCAAUUAGAAGGAUUACCUUUGACAAGUGA